AUGACCGACAUACAGAGCUUCACACACCAAGUGGGUGGUCACUCCACAGCUAAGACAAGUCUACGAGCCCAUAACGGCCGCAUCUUGAAACCUUUCCAAAGCAAACAGCGAGGCGAACGAGAGCGUGAUUUCUAUGAACGUGUGUUUGUAUCGGAGAAAGAUUUGCCGGAGUUUGCAGCUCUCAGAGGGUUUUUACCGAUGUAUUUUGGUACAAUGAUCUUUCCUGAAGCUAAGGACGACAAGGAGGAGACGACGUCUGUCAAUGAGCAGCACCAUCGAGGUGCGAAAUUGAGGCUGGAGCUGCUGCUGUAUGACUUGACGUGUGGCAGAAAAUCGCCCUGUAUCAUGGAUGUCAAGAUGGGUACACACUCUUACGAAAAGGACGCGUCAGCCGAGAAGAUCGCUUAUGAAAAGUCCAAAUGUCCGUUACAAGAGACGGCAGGGUUCCGUAUCCAAGGCAUGAAGGUGUUCAACUCACAGCAGCAACGCUAUAUUGAGUUUGACAGAAACUUUGGUCGUAGUAUCACAUCUAUGGACGAGCUUGCUCCGGCCUUUCAACGUUACUUUCCAUCGGAAGACACGACCAAGACUAUGAAGUUGUUGGAAGCGUUCUUGCGGCGUCUUGACCAGUUGAAAGCGUGGUUUGACGAGCAGCAGGGAACGCAAUUUAUCGCCAGCUCCUUCCUCUUCCUGUAUGACGGCGAAGAGUCAUUACAAGAAGUUAAGCCCAUCACAAAUGCGUACAGGGCCGACAUUCGUCUCAUCGACUUUGCCCACGUGUCUCACCCGGUUACUCCCAGCCACGACGAAGGCCUGCAAACUGGUAUCACCACCUUAAUCCAGUGCUUCCAGACACUACUUUGUGAGGCCCAAGCAGCACAGGCAACUCGUCUUGAUGUAUAA